CUCUCCUUUUAUAUAUAAAUCACCUCACACUUACUGACAGCUCUUCAAUCUCUCUUUCUCUCUCUAGGGUUUCCAGAUUCUCUUUCAGAGAGAGAAAGCUUCUCAAAAAAAUCUUAUUUGCAAUUCAAAACUUCGUGUUUCAUCAGAUUCGGAUCCUCCACUUUAUCCGACCCGAAACUGAUCACCUCUCCCUCGACUACGCUCCCUCUGAUCCGAUCCGCUUCUCUUUCGGACCUCCACUUCCGCAAAUUCAUUCAAUCAAAGAUCCGUAAUUCUUUGAAUAUUCUCUUGAACAUGAUUUUUAUUUUUAAAAGUAAUAUUUAUUAAGUUAGCAUUAGAUUUAAACAACUUUGAUUUAAAAUCUGACAGCAUUUUUGUGAAGUUUACGACGUCGUUUUUUUUCUCAGAUUUCGCAUUGCAGGUUAGAGUGGUAGAUUUUAGAUGGUAUGCAGCAGUUGUUUAAGGAGUGUGAUUGUACGAGCUGGGAAAAUAGGAAUAUUGACGAAAAGGAGGGUGCAAAUAAGCAACAGUUGGAGGAGUUUGCAUGCCUGUGUCGGUGUAAAUUAUACGUGGAAUUGCGAAUUUAGAAGGAGCUUAAAGAUGAUGGUUGAUUCAUCAGGUGCGGCGGCAAAACGCGGGCCGAUUGUCGAUAUAUUGCCGGAGAAAGAAGACGACGGUGGAUAUGUUAGUGGAGGAUGGAAAAGUGAAGAUGGAAAACUGAGCUGUGGUUAUUCAAGUUUUAGGGGAAAGAGGGCAACAAUGGAGGAUUUCUUCAAUGUUAAGACUUCCACGAUUGAUGGGCAAGCGGUCUGCAUGUUUGGAAUCUUUGAUGGUCAUGGUGGUUCUCGUGCUGCUGAGUACUUGAAGGAACACCUAUUUGAGAAUCUCGUGAAGCAUCCACAAUUCAUGACAGAUACUAAAUUGGCAAUAAGUGAAACAUAUCAACAGACUGAUGUCGACUUUUUGGAGUCUGAAAGAGAUACUUUCCGGGAUGAUGGUUCUACUGCUUCAACAGCAGUAUUGGUUGGUAACCACCUAUAUGUUGCCAAUGUUGGAGAUUCAAGGACUGUGAUAUCAAAGGCUGGUAAAGCUAUCCCUCUCUCUGAGGAUCAUAAACCCAACAGAAGUGAUGAGCGGAAAAGAAUUGAAAAUGCUGGCGGCGUUGUAAUGUGGGCAGGCACUUGGAGAGUUGGAGGUGUUCUAGCUAUGUCACGUGCAUUUGGUAACCGUAUGUUGAAGCAAUUUGUUGUUGCUGAACCUGAGAUCCAGGAUCAAGAGAUAGAUGAAGAAUUUGAGUUGCUUGUGCUUGCAAGUGAUGGACUAUGGGAUGUAGUACCCAAUGAGGAUGCUAUUGCACUUGCCCAAACGGAAGAAGAACCUGAGGCUGCAGCUCGGAAAUUAACAGAGACUGCUUUUACCCGUGGCAGUGCUGACAAUAUAACAUGCAUAGUGGUGAGAUUCCACCAUGGUCGUGAUGCAGAUCCAGCUGAUCCCCAGCCUGAUUAGGUAUCUUAAUUUAUGUUGCAUGUGUAGAUUUAUUGACCCUUCAGCUCAGGUAUGGAUCAUCAUUCCGAAUCUUGCACAUGCGUGUUGGGUGAAUGUGCAUAGCAAACAAGAAGGCAAUUUUUUUAUUCAUUGUUUUGUUUCUAAUUUGCUCUUGUAUUGAAUACAUGAACCAUUUAAAUGUUCAUUCCAUAAAUUUUGCGUCUGCAUAAUGAGGCCGUCUGGGUA